ACAGAGCACAACCAAACAAAUGAACCGCAAGCGUACUCCUCCUUUGAAAACACUCGCUGUAAUUUGACUGUAUCUUUCAUUUCACCAGACAGAAGGUCUGUAAUUCUAAGUGGUUCUGUGAAUCUUCUGAUCAAGAGAGAAUGGGACAGGAUUUAGGCUAAAGCAAAACAGUUGCCUGUUACUUUAGGGGAAAAGGAAUCAUGACUGUUGUACCUGCAUCAGGAGGUGUUGCAGUCCCACCCCAAAUGUCUCCAAUAAUGGAAGUGGACACAGAGGAGGACAAUGAAGACCCAAUUCCAACUCCAAGUGCAGGACGUGUAUUUAACAUAAACAACAGCAACAACAAUGAAGAGGAAGACAAAAAGAAAAAGAAAAAGGAGAAAAAAGAAAAGAAGGAGAAGAAAGAGAAAAAAGAAAAGAAAGAGAAGAAAGAAAAAACUGAGAAGAAUCCAAAGGAUGAAAAAGAAAAAGAAAAUGAAAAAGAAAAGGAAAAAGAAAAGGAAAAGGAAAAGGAAAAAGAGAAGGAAAAGGAAAAGGAAAAGGAGAAAGAAAAAGAUAAAGAUAAAAAGGAAGGGCCUAAGGAGGUGUUCGUGAUUAACCCAGCGGGACUCCUGUACUACCAAUGGCUGCUUAUAAUCACAAUUCCCGUCAUGUACAAUUGGACAGCCAUAAUUGCAAGAGCCUGCUUUGAGGAGCUACAGCACAAUUAUCUCCUGAUAUGGUUCUUCCUGGACUACACCUCCGACCUGCUUUAUUUGGCUGACAUGGCCUUCAGAUCACGAACAGGUUACCUGGAACAGGGCUUACUAGUCAAAGACGAAAAGCUCCUUCUUCAGCGGUAUAAAGACAGUCUCCAGUUCCGGAUUGAUGUCAUCUCUAUGCUUCCCACGGACAUCUUCUACUUCGUUUUAGGGUUAGACUACCCAGAGAUCCGCAUAAACAAGCUGCUCCGCCUCAACCGCAUGUUUGAGUUCUUCACAAUCUCAGAAACCAUGACCAACUACCCCAACAUCUUCCGAAUCUGCACUUUGAUCAUGUAUAUCAUCAUCAUCAUCCACUGGAACGCAUGCCUCUACUUCUCCUUCUCCAAGGCCAUCGGGUUCGGAUCAGAUGCAUGGGUGUAUCCAUCUCUCACCGAAGAUGAGUUCGGAGAGCUUGGGCGAAAAUAUUCCUUCAGCCUCUACUGGUCCACUCUUACCCUCACCACCAUCGGGGAGACGCCGUCUCCAGAGCUAGACUCUGAAUUCCUCUUUCAUGUGGUUGACUUCCUGGUGGGUGUCUUGAUCUUCGCCACCAUUGUGGGUAACAUUGCUACAAUGAUCUCAAAUAUGAACGCGGCCCAGGCUCAGUUUCAAGCCAGGAUUGAUAACAUCAAGCAGUACAUGCACGCGCGGCAUGUCAGCAAGGAUCUUGAGAUCCGUGUCAUCAAGUGGUUUGACUUCCUGUGGACUAACAAGAAAGCACAAGAUGAACGAGAGGUUCUGAGGUACCUGCCAGACAAGUUACGGGCAGAGAUAGGCAUGAACGUGCACUUAGAUACCCUCAAGAAGGUGCGGAUCUUUGCCGACUGUGAAGCAGGGCUGCUAAUCGAGUUGGUGUUGAAGCUUCGCCCACAAGUCUUCAGUCCCGGUGACUACAUCUGUCGCAAGGGCGAUAUUGGUCGGGAGAUGUACAUCAUAAAGGAUGGCAAACUCGCUGUUGUGGCUGACGAUGGUGUCACUCAAUUUGUUGUCCUCGGCGAUGGAAGCUACUUUGGAGAAAUCAGCAUUCUAAACAUCAAGGGCAGCAAGGCUGGGAACCGUAGAACGGCCAAUAUCCGAAGCAUAGGAUACUCCGACCUCUUCUGCCUGUCCAAAGAUGAUCUGAUGGAGGCUUUGACUGAAUAUCCAGAGGCUAAGGCCAUGCUGGAGGACAAAGGGAGACAGAUUCUGCUGAAGGAUGGUUUGUUGGAGCUGGACCCUGCGAAACUGAAGCCAGACGAGAGGGACUUGGAGGACCGUGUGAACCGAGUGUACAGCACGAUGCAACUCAUGCAGACCAAAGUGAAGAAGCUGCUGGCCGAACACGAGGAAACGCGAAAGGAAAUCAAACGGCGGAUUGCUCAGAUAGAGCGCUUCGCUGGAGAGGUGGUGGAGGAUGAAGAUGAAGAGGAGGAGAUGGAAAAGAAGGAAGAAACGGAGGAGCAAAAGAAAGAGGAAGAGCCAGAGAAAGAGAAGUUAGAAGAAGACAAGGAAAAGACGGAAGAAAAAGAGGAGGAAAAAACGGAGGAAGCAACCAAAGAGGAAAAGAAAGAUGAGGAGCCAUAGGAUAAAACCUUAUGAGACCAUUUCAUAAUAAAAGAGAAAAUAAAAUCUUAUUGUCCUUAGUAACUCUACUUUGAAUUUGUUGAUUCACUGGAUGCAAAAUGUCUUGUGCAGCCAAUAAAUUCUUAUGAAGGCAACAAAAGAUUUAU